GACCUCGUCUGUUUAAUUCUCUCUACAGUCGACCAGUGAAAUAAUGUUCAUACUACAGCAUCUACCAAUAGUAUGUCUUGUUCUAAGCGGACAGAUAUGUGUCGUUAGCAGUUUAUGUAGCUCUAAGCUUGAAAACUCAUUGUUUGAUGACCUUAUUCGAAUGAUGUUAAAGCUGAAAGGAACAGGGCUUGGAGGACAAGGAAACACAUCGACACAAAAAGAUACACCUGCCUUCUCAGCCUAUUUGACCUCUGCACAAACUGCAUCGACCAAUGCUAUUGUAAAGUUUAAUAAGCUAUGGACAAAUACCAUGCAUGCAUAUGACGUUACAACAGGUGUCUUUACUGCUCCAUUACCUGGUCUGUACCACUUCUCAGCAGUUGUCAUGUCAGAAGAAGGUAAACGACUGUUUCUCCAUUUAUGGCACAAUGAUACAAAGACCGCUGGAAGUUUUUCGCAUGGCAAUGGUUAUAAAACUGGUACCUUUGAUGUUGUGUUUAAGUUAAAGAAAGGUGAUCGCAUCUAUAUAAGGUGUGCUUCGGGUUGUAAUAGUCAAAAAAUCUACAGUGGCUAUCAUUACUACAGUACCUUCUCUGGAUAUCUCAUAGCUAAAUAAAAAGUUA